AUGAAUGAGACAGAAGAAAUUGUUGUGGAUAGCAAGGAAAGUGUUGUGGCCGCCGGCUUCGAGACGCGGAUUGUUAAAUACGACGAGGCUUCGACGGAUCUCGCCGUUUCCCGCAAGGAAGUUCCACCUCUUUCGACCCGGCUCUCGACGGAAAAGAAGGUACAACACGCUCAAAUUGUGAUCUCUGUGGCAAGAAAGCGACGCAUCAGCGGCAAAGAAUGUCCUUGUGGAGGAUGCGUACGAUGCAUACGGAGAGCUCCGCACGACUGGACCGAAAGCAAAAUGACGACCGCAGCUUCGGGCAAGAGAUGGGUGCCGUCGAAACUUCGACACAUCCACGAGGUGCCCUCGCAGGCUCUCAAUUGGCGUCUGCUCAUGGCCGUGCUCAGCAUGGGUUUGCUCGGCGCCAGUCGUGGCAUGGACGAAGGCGUCAUCUCUGGCUCCAUCGGCACAUAUGCCUUCGAACACGCCUUCAACGUCAAGAAGAAGUCCAACAAGGAGUCCAACAUUGUCGCCAUGGUUCAGCUCCUCUCGACGCUCGGUGCGCUCGUCGGCUACGCCACUUCGGACCGCUUCGGUCGUGUCAUGGCUGGUCGCCUUAGCUGUGUGCUGAUCAUCAUCGGUUCUGCCAUGUGGAUGGCUAGCGCACACCACAUUGCACUGCUGUACAUCGGAAGGAUGAUCACUGGUGUCGGUGUCGGCAUCAGUUCGGUAUGUUCGCCCGUGUUCUUGGUCGAGACCGCACCGAGACAGAUUCGUGGACUGUGCACGUCCGUCUACAGUGUCUCGAUCUACCUUGGUGCCAUGUUGGGUUACGCCGUCAACCUGGGUGCAUCUCGAGGCCAAAACCCUCGCAAGAACCUCAUCUGGCAGAUCGUCGUUGUGCUGCCCAUGGUGUGGCAUGCCUUCCUGCUCGCCAGCACAUUCUUCCUCCACGAAAGCCCCCGAUGGCUCCUCGACCAUGGUCACGUCGAGAAAGCAGCACGAUCGCUCCAAUUCUACCGAAACCUCGACGAAACGCACCCCGCAAUGAUUGAGGAAACCCAGCUCAUGCGCGAAUCCAUCUCGGACGAACACCGUCUGCAAGCCGAACGAGUCGCUGCUCUCCCUGCCAACUCGCUCCUCCGCAAGUACAAGGCGCUGCACAAGCUUAACAUCAUCCUCACCUCGCGCAAGAACCUGCUCAAGGUCGGCUUGGGAGUCAUGAUCCAGGUCCUCGUACAGUUCGGUGGUCCCGGCGCUAUCGCCACCUACGCCAACCGCAUCAUGACUCUAGUUGGAGCAAGCGACAAGAACGGCUACGUCAUGUCGGUCGGUUUCGGCGCCACCAAGCUUGGCUGCGGCAUCCUGUCGUCCUUCUUCCUCAUCGACCUGCUUGGUCGUCGUAAGACCUUGCUGAUCGGUGUCGCCAUCCAAGGUCUUUCCAUGCUGUACGUGUCGAUCUUCCUCGGACUCUACGUUCAGGGACACCACACUGUUGGCGAAAAGCACGCAGGUCAAGCUGCGCUCGCAGCCAUCUUCAUUUCAGGCGCUUCCUUCUCUGCAGGAGGAAACCUGGCUCAGUACCUCGUUGGAACCGAGAUUUUCGAGAUGAACGUCCGUUCCAUCGCAUCCUCCCUAGUGAUGGCUAUGCACUACCUGCUGCAGUUCUCCGCCACCCGCACGCUCCAACCCAUGCUGAACUCGCCGAUGGGAGGUGCUGGAACCUUCGCGUUCUACGCCGCAGUAUCCCUCGUCCUCGCCCUUCCCUUCUACGCCAUCUUCCUGCCCGAAACAUCCGGUAUGCCACUCGAGCAGAUCGACCAGGUGUUCGAACGAAGCGUCUGGUCCAUGGGAAGGGCGACUAGGAAGAUGGCGGAUUCCGAGAGCGACGUUUUUGAGACAAAGCAAGGCGUUCUCCCCAAAGUGGGCAAAGGAAUGGAUAGCGAGAGCGCGUCGAGCAGAGGCACUGAUGACGAGGACGAGAAAAAGGUCGAUCUCACGGAUCAGUUGAGAUUGGAGACCCGGUCCUAA